AUGUAUUGUAUCAACACAUUUACUACUUACAGUGAAAACGUUAUCAUGGACAAAUUAAAUCUUCUAAUAACCUUGUUUGAAACAGGAUAUGAGACAGCGGGUAGGAAACAUAUCGAGCUGAUCAAAACCAUAUUAGAUGAAGAUCAUUUGGAGAUGUUGAAUGCUUCACAGUUUGGGAAAUUGUUGAAAAUGGGAGUCGAUAUAUUCUAU